UGGGAAGCCCCCGUGGAGAAGAAAGCGGAGUGCAUCCAGAAGGGCAAAAACAACCAGACCGACUGCUUCAACUACGUGCGCUUCCUGCAGAGCUACAACAGCUCCCACCUGUAUGCCUGCGGCACCUACGCCUUCCAGCCCAAGUGUGCCUACAUUGAGCUGUCUGGUUUCACCCUGGACCACGUGGCUUUUGAGGACGGGAAGGGCAAAUGUCCCUACGACCCCACCAAGGGCCACACCGGCCUCAUUGUGGAUGGAGAGCUGUACUCCGCCACCUUCAACAACUUCCUGGGCACUGAGCCCGUCAUCCUGCGAAACCUGGGGCCGCAUUACUCCAUGAAGACUGAGUACCUGACCUCCUGGCUGAACGAGCCCCACUUCGUGGCCUCAGCCUACAUACAGGAGAGCGCAGGCAGCAGCACCGGGGACGACGACAAGGUUUACUUCUUCUUCAGUGAGAGGGCGGUGGAGUACGACUGCUAUGCUGAGCAGGUGGUGGCACGGGUGGCACGGGUGUGCAAGGUAUGGGGUGGCCCUACAAGGGGGCUGAGGGGUGUGGGGUGGUCCUAUAAGGGGUCUGAGAGGUGUGGGGUGGUCCUAUAGGGGGUG